UACGAGCUCCGCCUGACCGCCUCCGACUCACUAAACGAGAACCAGACGCGCGUUGUGAUCCACAUCAACGACAAGAACGACCUGCCGCCUGUGUUCGGCAAGCCCCUGUACUCGGCCACCAUGCUGGAAGAGUUCGAGGGCCCCCACCCCCACCACCUGAUGCAGCCGCUGGACCGUGACCAGCCCAACGGGCGCGCCCAGUGGCGCUUCACCGUGUUCGCCCAGGACGAGGGCGGCGAGGGCCUCGUCGGCUACACCGACGUGCAGGUCAACCUCAAGGACAUCAACGACAACAACCCGUCCUUCCCGCAGGGCGUGUACUUCGGCAACGUGACGGAGAACGGCACCGCAGGCAUGGUGGUGAUGACCAUGACGGCCGUGGACUACGACGACCCGCAGGAGGGCACCAACGCCAAGCUGACGUACUCCAUCGAGAAGAACGUGAUCGAGGAGGAGACGGGGUCGCCCAUCUUCGACAUCGAGCCGGACACGGGCGUCAUCAAGACGGCCGUAUGCUGCCUGGACCGCGAACGCACCCCGGAGUACUCUAUACAGGUCGUCGCGAUAGAUGGAGGGGGGUUAAAGGGGACGGGGACGGCGUCGAUACGCGUCAAGGACAUCAACGACAUGCCGCCCAAGUUCACCAAGGACGAGUGGUGCACCGAGGUGGACGAGACGGACGGCACGACCCUCCCCGAAAUGCCCAUCCUGACGGUGACGGUGCACGAUGAGGACGAGACCAACAAGUUCCAGUACAAGGUGAUUGAGAACUCGGGGCUGGGCGCCGACAAGUUCACCAUGGUGCGGAACAACGACGGUACCGGCUCGCUCAAGAUCGUCCAGCCGCUCGACUACGAGGACCCGCUGCAGAGCAACGGCUUCCGCUUCAAGAUCCAGGUCAACGACAAGGGCGAGGACAACGACAACGACAAGUACCACGUGGCCUACUGCUGGGUGGUGGUGCGCCUGCGCGACAUCAACGACAACAAGCCGCAGUUCGACCGGCCCAACAUCGAGGUGCGCGUCUUCGAGAACGCCGAGAUCGGCAAGAGCCUCGAGACGUUCAAGGCGACCGACCCGGACCAGGGCGGCAAGAGCCACGUGACGUACGCCAUCGACCGGUCCUCGGACCGGCGCCGGCAGUUCGCCAUCAGCCCCGAGGGCACCGUCAACAUCCAGCGCUCGCUCGACCGCGAGGAGACGCCCCGCCACCAGGUCAAGAUCCUGGCCAUCGACGACGGCGUCCCGCCCAAGACGGCCACCGCCACCCUCACCGUCAUCGUCGAGGACAUCAACGACAACGCGCCCACCUUCCUCAAGGACUACCGACCCGUGCUGCCCGAGCACACCUCGGCGCGCACCGUCGUCGAGGUGCUCGCCACGGACGACGACGACCGCUCCAAGAGCAACGGGCCGCCCUUCAUCUUCCGCAUGGACCCCUCGGCCGACGACGUGAUCCGGGCGUCGUUCAAAGUGGAGCACGACCAGAAGGGUGCCAAUGGUGACGGCAUGGCUGUCGUCUCGUCACUGCGAUCGUUUGAUCGGGAGCAGCAGAAGGAGUACCUCAUCCCCAUCGUGAUCAAGGACUCGGGGAACCCCGCCAUGUCGGGGACAAGCACUUUGACUGUCAUCAUUGGUGAUGUGAACGACAACAAGAUGCAGUCCGGUUCCAAAGAAAUAUUUGUGUACAACUACAUGGGACAGGCACCUGACACAGAAAUUGGGAGAGUAUACGUUUAUGACCUGGAUGAUUGGGACCUUCCUGACAAGAUGUUUUAUUGGGAAUCGAGUGAACACACUAACUUUAAGCUGAAUGAGCAUACUGGCAUGAUCACAAUGAGACAUGGCACUCGAGAUGGAAAGUACCAUCUUAAAUUCAAAGUAUUUGACAGGAAGCAUACCCAGACAGAUGUUCCAGCCAACGUGACUGUAACUGUUCGUGAAAUUCCUCAUGAGGCUGUGAUUAAUUCUGGAUCAAUCAGAAUUUCGGGUAUAUCAGAUGAAGAUUUUAUUCGUGUGUGGGACUAUAGGACCCAAGGUGUAGUUAGGAGCAAGGCAGAUAAAUUCCGAGAAAAGAUUGCUGACUUGCUUCAUGUUGACCGGGAAAAUGUUGAUGUAUUUAGUGUCCAAUCGAGACGCAGGAACCCACCUCUUACUGACAUUCGUUUCUCUGCUCAUGGAUCUCCAUAUUACAAGCCUGUGAGACUAAAUGGGUUGGUUCUAAUGAAGCGCGAAGAGAUUGAAAAAGAUGUAGGAAUAAAUAUUACAAUGGUUGGCAUUGAUGAGUGUCUGUAUGAAAAUCAAAACUGUGAAGGCUCAUGUACAAACCAAAUGGAAAUAAGCAACCUUCCAUACAUGGUUAAUGCAAACAAAACAGCACUUGUAGGCGUUCGAUUAGAUAUAAUUCCAGAAUGCACUUGUGGUGCACGUAACUUCAGCAAAGAAGAGUCCUGUCGCAACAGCCCAUGUCACAAUGGUGGUCGAUGCCAAGAAGGAAGGAAUGGUGUCACGUGCUCUUGCCCGAGUGGGUACAGUGGACCUCGUUGCCAACAAACUGCUCGCAGUUUCCGAGGAAAUGGAUGGGCCUGGUAUCAGCCUCUAGAAAUGUGUGACACGUCGCAUCUUAGUCUUGAAUUUGCCACACGCCAUGGUGAUGGUACUCUGCUUUACAACGGUCCAAUCGUUCCCCCUGAACCUGAAGAGGAGCUAGUUUCAGAUUUUAUUGCUCUGGAGUUAGAAAAGGGAAAUCCCCGCCUACUGAUUGACUUUGGCUCUGGCACUUUAGAGCUGAGAGUGAAACCAAAACAUACUUUAGAUGAUGGAGAAUGGCAUCGUAUUGAUGUCUUCUGGGACACUGAGACUGUACAAUUAGUUGUAGACUUCUGUAAGGGAGCUGAUAUUGAUGAAACAGAAAAUGGUGCAGCUCCGUUAUUUGAUGAUUCCUCUUGCCGUGCCAGUGGAACCAUCCCACCAUUCAAUGAAUAUCUCAAUGUUAAUGCUCCACUUCAAAUAGGUGGCUUUUACGUUGAUGAGUUUGAACCUUCAUCAUACCGCUGGCAAUAUAAGCCUCAUGGGAAGAGUUUUGAUGGGUGUAUUCGGAAUAUCUUCCACAAUAGUAAAGUAAGUUAAAUCU